AUGGCGACGACAACCGCACCAGAAGUCGAAAACCCUAGAAUUCUCUCAGAUCCCAAUCCAACAGAACAGAAAUGGUCACCAUCGUCCGCCGACGGUGAAGACGAAUCGAAGGUAAAAUUGACUAUGGAGGCUGUGAAAGUUGAUGGUGUUGACGGCGCUUCAGCGGCUACUGAUGUUCAGAAGAAGAUGAAGAGAGCCGAGCGCUUUGGGAUGCCUGUCCAGCUCUCGGAAGAAGAUAAGCGCAAUUCUCGCGCAGAGAGGUUUGGCACUGGUAGUGCCUCGCAUGGAUCAGAUUCAUCAAAGCAAUCAGAGGAUCUGAAGAGGAAGGCUCGAGCAGAGAGGUUUGGGAUUGCACAGUCUGCACCUACUGACGAGGAAGCAAAGAAGAAGGCUAGAGGUGCUAGGUUUGGAUCUGUUGCAAAGGCUGAUUCGGCUGAGGAAGAGAAAAAGAAAGCAAGAGAAAUAAGGUUUUCACAACCACAAUCUGGUUCCCUGUCAAAAGCUAAUGUCGAAGAAAACAAUGAGUUGAAGACAGCUAUUUCAAGCAAGGCUGCUAGACGUGCUUAUAGGUUGGCAGAUUAUAUUAGUAACGUCUUGAUUUCUCCCAUUUUGGGUUCUGUUAAGCUUUACCUGGUGAGGCCUAGGAAAAUUACACCAACCAUUUUGUUAUGUUACAUUCUAAAUGACAUAUCAACCAUAUCAAAACUACUGAAUUCAAUGACUGGAAAAAAAUUAUCAACUUGCAGAGUUCCUGUAAGACCGUGGUUUAUUGUGAGAAUCUCUCUCUUGCACUUUCUUGCUGCAUCCAUGAGUCUGGUAUAA